AUGCUUAGUUUGGUGUGUAUUGCUAGAGAGGUUUUUUUGGGUGGAGAGUCCAAACACAGGGCCAUUCAGCACUGUCCAGACAGAGGUCAGGGGUUCUGCAACCUCCUAGAACUGAAAGAAAACUCCUCCUACAAGCUUUAACCAGUGCUCUGCUGGACAUUGAUAGAAGUCACAAGACUGCUCUAACUGCUGAUGGGAAAUGAUAUGUUACAAUUUAUAUUUACUAUUGCAUUUCCAUGUUGUGUGUACUGUAGGAGACCAGAUAUAGCGAAUGCAGGGUCCUGGG